ACCAAGAUAUCCAAUGUCAUCAACUAAACGCUUUUGUUGAUCCAUCAAGACAAGAGCGAUGCGGAAUAACUCACGCGUUUAUUUUAAACAACAUGGACGAAUAAGUUGUUAAUAUUGAAUUGAGUUCGUUGGGAUGGCGUGGAAGUAAUCGCAGUGGUGGAGAAAGCGUCGGGUGUCCAGCUUGGAGUGGGAAGGAAUCCCAAGUGAAGAGGAAUCUGAGCCAAGAUGGCGGAAGACUGGCCCCUUCCCUCGGCCUCCGUCUUCUUCAUGCUCCUCCUGGGUGUGCGUGUCCGGGCCGUCGAGUCGUGUCCGGCUCCUUGCUCCUGCUCCACGGGCCCAGACGGGCGCCUCGUCCUGGACUGCAACGGGAAUAGGUUGUCGGCGGCUCCCUUGGAUCUUCCAGAGGGCAUCAGCCAAGUCACAAUGAACCACAAUGACCUGACAGUUAUUCCCUUCCUUGGCGACGACUCCUACAACAUCACAUCACUGUCGUUAGUACACAAUCGGAUCUCGGAGCUCUCCAUGCACCAGCUGCAGCCGUACGAGUCCCUGGAGACGCUGGACCUGACGUCAAACUCCCUUUCCGAGCUAAAAGCAGGAUCAUUCCCUUCCAUGCAGCUGAAAUAUCUCAAUUUGAGUAAUAACAAGAUCAGUGUGCUGGAGCCCGGCUGCUUUGACAACGUGUCCAGCUCUCUCCUGGUGUUGAAGCUCAACAGGAACAGGUUGACCUCGCUGCCAUCCAAAGUCUUCCGACUGCCCAGUCUUCAGUUUCUUGAACUGAAGCGUAACAAGAUCAAGAUUGUGGACAGCCUGACUUUUAAAGGGACGGACUCGCUGAAGUCCCUGAAGAUGCAAAGAAACGGCCUCACCAAGCUCAUGGACGCAGCCUUUUUUGGACUGAUCAGCAUGGAAGAACUGGAACUGGAACACAACAACCUCACUGAGGUGAACAAAGGUUGGCUAUACGGCUUGCACAUGCUGCGUGUCCUGCGGGUCAGCCAGAACGCCCUCGGCAUCAUCCGACCAGACGCUUGGGAGUUCUGCCAAAAGCUGGAGGAGCUGGACCUGUCCUUCAAUCAUCUGACCCGGCUGGAGGAGACUGCGUUUGUAGGAUUAGGUCUCCUGGAGAGCCUGAACCUUGGCGAGAACUCCAUCAGCCACCUGGGAGAACGAGUGUUCAGCAGUCUGAGCAAUCUGCGCACGCUAGACAUCCACAAUAAUGUAAUUUCUUGGGCCAUUGAAGACUCCAUCAGUGUUUUUGAUGGAAUGAAAAGGCUGAACACACUAAUCUUACAGCAGAACAAAAUCAAGUCAAUCACCAAGAAUGCCUUUGAGGGACUCGCUGAGUUGGAGCAUCUGGACCUCAGUAGGAACGACAUCAUGUCAAUACAUCCCGAGGCCUUGCUGCACACCAAGCUGAAAGUCUUCAUCCUCAACACAAGCAGCCUCCUGUGCGACUGCCACAUGCAGUGGCUGGGACCCUGGCUCAGCAACAGCCACUUCCAGCCACCUGUGUCUGCCGUCUGUGCCCAUCCUGCCAGUCUGCUCGGACGCAAUGUCCUUUCCAUCAGCCCGGUGGACUUUGUUUGUGACGACUUCCCCAAGCCCAGGAUCAGCACGCAUCCUGAGACGUCUGUGGUGCUCCGUGGCAACAACGUGACUCUUAGCUGCGUGGCGUCCAGCAGCAGCGACUCCCCGAUGAGCACGGCGUGGCGGAAAGACGGGGAGGUACUAUACGACGCUGAGGUGCAAAACUACGCCCGGUUCCAGGAGGGCGAGCUGGUCUACACCACCGUGCUCCACCUCCUCAGCAUCAACUUCACCGAGGAGGGACGCUACCAGUGCGUAGUGUCCAACCACUUUGGCGCCAACUACUCCAACAAGGCAACGCUCACUGUCAACGAGCUGCCAUCCUUCCUCAAGACUCCCAUGGAUCUGACGACCCGCACCGGCAACAAUGCCAGGCUGGAGUGUGCCGCGGAAGGCCACCCCUUCCCGCAGAUCGCCUGGCAGAAGGACGGCGGCACCGACUUCCCUGCCGCCCGGGAGCGCAGGAUGCUUGUGAUGCCCUACGACGACACCUUCUUCAUCACCAGCGUGAAGACGGAAGACAUGGGCGUGUACAGCUGCACCGCACAGAACGCGGCGGGCAGCGUGUCGGCCAACGCCACGCUCACUGUCCUGGAAACACCUUCAUUUAUUCGGCCCCUUGAAGACAGAACAGUGGCCAGAGGGGAAACCGCCGUGCUCCAGUGCAUCGCCGGCGGCAGCCCCGCACCGCGCCUAAACUGGACCAAAGACGACGCACCCCUUGUACUCACCGAGCGCCACUUCUUUGCCGCAGCAAACCAACUCCUCAUCAUCGUCGACGCCGGCCCCACCGACGCCGGCAAGUACACCUGCGUCGUGUCCAACACGGUGGGAACAGAGCGCGGCCACGUCUACCUGGGUGUCACGCCGUCACCCAACUGCGACACUGGCGUGGUGUACGACCAGGACGGCUGGACCACGGUGGGCAUCGUGGUGAUAGUGGUGGUGUGCUGUGUGGUCGGGACUUCGCUGGUCUGGGUCAUCGUCAUCUAUCAUAUGCGCAGGAACAACGAAGACUACAGCAUCACAAACACAGAUGAGAUGAAUUUACCAGCAGACAUCCCCAGCUACCUCUCCUCUCAGGGGACUUUGUCAGAACCUCCAGAGGGCUACAGCAGCUCUGAGGCAGGCAGCCACCAGCAGCUCAUGCCUCCUCUCUCCAAUGGAUACGUGCACAAGGGCACUGAGGGUGUGUGCUACGGAGACACAGGCAGCGAAGCAGAAACGGAAAGUAACGGACGUCUUCACUACCGGGUGGGAUCACUGUUCACUGGCCACAGCAGCUUCCACCCCUCAGAUGGACCCGCUGCAGCUGCCUCAGGCGCUCCUGAUCCGUUGGUCAUCUGCUCCAACUGCUACGACAACGCCAACAUCUACCCUCGCACGCGGGAGUACUGCCCCUACGCCUACCUGGGCGAGGACGACCCGCUGGACAAAGACCUGCCGGGCGCAAGGGAGAGCUUCGGUGAGCACGCCGGGCCAGAGGACGCCACUCUGGAGAGUCUCAUCAGCAAACAGGACUCUUUCAGCUUCCUGACGUCGCAUGACACGAGGCGGAGCAGCCACACUUUGAUGGAAGACUGUGCUACUGCGUGCAAGGACGGGAGUGGAAGAAGUCUCAAAAGAUGGAGCUAACUGUUUUAAUGACUUUCAGACUUCACUUCAAUCAAUAACAGAGCAGCAGCUCCUUAUCCGUGGCUCACUAGUGCAACAACAAGGCCGGAAAUGUGUCCCGUGAAAAACCAUCCGACUUGAACUCUCUAAUAACUAAAGUUCCAUGGGUGAAUAAUGUAAACUCACUACACCGGUAGUUUUUAGCGCUUCCAUGGCGAGUCUACUGACAGAUAUAAGUUAGAACUGUACGCUACUUUAUAUUAGAAAUGUCAACAGCAGAGGAUGAAUGUUCCAUAACAAGAAGAUAGAGGAAAAAUAGGGAGCUUAUUGACUACAAUGGCAAACAAGCGCAAAUUUUCAGGACUUAUGCAGAUCCCAUAUGCACAUCAGCAGGUACCAGAAGGUAAGAAGAUUUGGUUUUGCAUAAUAACGCGAAACAAAAUAUAUGUCAGCUAAUAGGUGCCAUUUUGGGGUCCUUAUACACACACCAUAAUAAUACCAUAUGUUGAAGCACUGUACGUCUGACUAUGGUAGCCGUAAUGCUCCGACAAUCCAUCAAGCGGUGCGACUUCAUAGCUUACCAAAGUCAUACUAAAACAUUUUGACAGAUCUUUGAGCGGCGUGUGUAAUGUUCUAUAUUCUCAAUGAAACAUCGUUUUGUUGUUGCUAAUGGGUACUUUAUAGCGUCAUUUAUUGCACAGGCGUCAACCUGCAGUCCACACGUAUCUCUUAUGUGUGACUGCCAUCUACUGGUCACACUUAUCUAGGGAUGAUGUGUGAUAAGAAAUUAUCGAGUUCGAGCCUAUUAUCGAAUCCUCUUAUCGAACCGAUUCCUUAUCGAUUCUCUUAUCGAGUCCUGAUAGGUUGUUGUAUAUGGAAAAAAACCACACAAUAUUUGGUUCAACAAAAGCUCACUUUUAUUAUAUAAGAAAAAAAUUGUAUCUAAUAAAUAAAUAAAUAUUGACUGUUACCCCCCUAAAAAAAUAAAAUAAAAUAAAUAAAUAUUGACUGUUGUUACCCAAAGUAUAUUAAGUGGGAUUUUUCAGAAAAACAAAUAUAUGCAGUAACACAAAAACAACCUGUCUCUAUGAUCACUAUAGGUGUAUAAAUAAUAAUAUAGUUUUAAAUAAAAUCAGUCCCUUGGGUACAAACUGAAAAUAAUACAGCUCUCCAAAAAGUGCACUUCUGCUGCUAUUUGACAUAACUGUUUGUUAUGAUGCUUUGACAUUUUUGCACUUUAUUUCUUUAUUGAAAGAAAAUUCUAUGAAGAGUUGUUUGCAAAUGUGGUUACAAUGCUAAAAAAUGAAAAGUUAAAGCUAAAAAAAGAAAUACACUUUAUUGAGUUAACAUUAUUUCUUUAUAGGGGGAAAGAUGUUAUGAGCUAGGGAAUAUAACAACUACACUACCCAGCAUGCAACGGGAGCGACGAGCAUGCGCGGUAGCCCCAAAAAGUGUUGUUACAUGUCGUCACCCGGCAGCUAAGAAUGAGGUUAUGAGCACGCUGUGAAAGUAAACGUCAAGAACUCAGCCAACACGCCUCGUCUGCAUUAUUUAUAAUUAGACAGACAACACAUCUACAUUGUGAUUUUGUUUUGUUUACAAGGAAAGAAAAACAAAAGUUAAAAAAGGGAGAUGUGUUGUAUAUAUAUGUAUGUGCUGCGGUUGCUUUAAGAACGUUGCGACAGCUGCCGUAAAGGAGGUGCGUUGCUAGCCUGGUUGCUAUGUUUCCGGUUGGUCGUAAAAGUGUUCGUCAUGUGUUUGUACCCUGCUCAAAUCUCUCAGUAAAGUUAUUCAUUGGAUUAUACCUUUUGUUUUGAACUUUAUUACACCUUGGAACGCUUUUUCCAUUCCAUUUUUUUCCUGCUUUCGCUAUCUGCGCCUAAUGACUGAGCUACAUGACGUCAUUUCUUGUGAUUUCACACGGAGCAUUUCUGGUCGGAACGAGAUUCGUUCCCAGGGAUUCGAAUAAAGAACCAACUCUUUUUCUUGACUAUAGUGGUCUCGAUAACGGGUACCGUUUCUCAAAAAGGGAUUUGAGUCCGAGGACUCGGUUCUUUUCUUAUCGAACAACCGGGAAAAUCGGUUUCGAGUAUCAUCCCUACACUUAUCCUUACACCAUGUACCAAAUAAAAUAGCUUGGCGGUCGGUAAGCACAAUUAGAAUGAUUCCGUACCGGGUUAUAAGGCACACUGUCCAUUUUAGAGGAAAAUAAAUUAUUUUAAGUUGUGAUUGUGUAGAAUGAUUCCAACAAGGUGUCGUUGACACCGCGUCUGG